AUGAAGUACUCAUUCCUGGGCCAAAACAACCGGAAGGCAAUCUUUACCAUCAUAGCUAACUACAUAAACCUGUCACAGUAUGAGCUCGCUCGGUCACUACUACACCAUUUGGUGGUUAAAAGUUUGUUCACCGGAGAUGAAUGCAGCAGGGGGAGGAGGAGAAAGAAAAAAAGGAGGAUGACACAGACGGACAUAUCGACAGAAGAGAAAUUGUACUACUUAAGGAAGACGCUCAAAUUCAUGCGAAGGUUCUUAUCUUAUGGUUGCUGUCCUCUACAGAUUUUUUCAAACGAGCAAUCCAGUGCACACUUUCUACUCAAGGUGGCACGUGACUACAACCGGUUUGUUGAAUUGAUCCUUCGAAAUGUACUAACCUGUGGGGUGAGGAAAGAACACCUAGCAGGUCAACCAUCGAGAAGCGUCCCGAGGUUGUCACGUGAGCUGCGUUCCAUCCUGAGGAAGAAGUACGUGCCUAAGGAGGUGCAAAGCAAAAUCGCCUUCGACGCUCUUCUGGCAACCAUAGUGGUGCACAGGGAGUACUACCUCUGCGCGUUCGAAGACUCUUCCUUUUUUGCCUUUUCACUGGAUACGGUGCAGUGUCUAAGGAGGGUCUAUUAUUUGUAUGUGAAGGCGAGGCAACUACUCUUACAGAGGGGGAAACGCGCACUGAAAUGGGACCUACCGGGGGAUCACCCCCAAAGAUCAUCAACAAGGGGGAAGACCAAACUGAAGAACCGCCAGAAGCGCCUCCUAAAAUUAUUUAACCGAAUUGUUCCGUUUAGCGGGCCAACCAGGGGACCUCCCCACGGGAGGAACACCCCCCCGAUUAGUAACUCUCCCAACAGAAGAGAAAAACAGUGUUCUCCUCCAAAAAUAAAAGAAACAGAUGAGCUACACAACAUAGACCAUCUCGUUCUUCACAGCUGCAGAGUGGUAUAUUGUGAGAAAACUGAUCAGGUCAGAGAGAGCGCCAACCAUGAAGGUAACGAAGCAGACAAGAAAAACAAAGCGGAAGGAACAUCAUCCAUGCAUAUGAUAUAUAUCCCCCCGCUUCACAUCCUUAACAAGGUACCCAUAUAUAAUUAUGUAAACACCUUUGAAGAGGAGGCACACUAUUUUUUCCAACAUAACGUUGUGACUUCCCUAUAUAGGGAGCUGUUCUGUUUGGUGUUCUUCCUCCCUGCAUUAGGAGUAGAGCUACUUCAGACCCUCUGCUUAAAUCAGUCCUUUUUUGAUUUCCUGCUGAGUCUUCUUUUUCUUUCCAAUUGGGAUCACGCCGGGGUUAGCAAUUAUUUGCAGGAUGGAUCAGAUGGUAGUCCACCAUUGGGGGCAGCUUGCGGAGGGGGCGUUUCCAUGCAGAUGGGGGGAAGUGCCACAAACGGGAAGAACCCCGACAAGGAGGACUCACCACCCGAGACGGAAACGGAGGCACAAACAGACGUGGAGACGCUACCCACCCUAGGGAGAAAAGAAAAAAAAAAAUUAAUAGAAAAUUGCUACUUCAUAUUUGCGCAACUGUACUACAAUGUGGUGGAUAUCUACAUCGAUGUCCUGGUCGAAAAAUUAAAAAGAAAGGACCUGGUGAAUUACAACAAUUUUUUGUACCUGCUUAAGUUUAACCACCUUUUUGUGAACAACGUUUUUUUCUUUUCCAUGUGUUUUGUAAAUGCGGGGCAUCACACAAAUGUAAGGAUCAACGGGGAGGAUACACACCGGAGAAGCGACCCCCCGAAGAAUCUCCACUUCGCUCAAAAGGCUCUGCACAAAUUUUACGAUUGGCUGGUCCUCCUCGUCUUCCACUACAACGGUGACGAAGCUGCAGUAAACCAUUUUGGCCACUUUCCCCAGUACCCACUAGGCAGUGAAAGGAAGGAUGAAAACGCAGAAGAUGUGACCCUUUACAAACUCCUCCUCAGGGGAGUCGUGCUCCACCUACCCAUUAAUUACUCACACAUACGAGCCGUCUUUUUUUUUUACCUAAAUAAAAUGAGAGAAAAGACGGCUAAAAGAAUGGUUCCAAGUGAUAACCACAAGAAGAGCGUCAUUUAUGAUGUACUCAUGUCUACUAACACGUUUCGCUGUUCUGGUGAAGGCCUAGUCGUUAAUGUGCUUCUUCACCUUUUCAACUAUGCAGACGAUCUGUACUGUCGCUGGGUGCAGACGUCCGUACUGUACUCUCACGUACGUAGUGGGGGGAAGGAGGAUCUCCUGUUUUGCCUCAACGGAUCACGGAUAAGGGGCGUCCACUUUAUGGGCUACCUGUUCGACCUGUGCGAAGCGUACAUGGCUAGCCAGGAGUUCCUCCAUCUGGACAGACUACUUCAAAACUUUAAGGGACUGAAAAACCUCUGCGUGCUCUUCUGCCUGGAGAAUGCGAUGGACGUCCACGUGAGGAGGAAGUGCCUCUCACAGAUUAGGGCCAGCAGGAACAAUGUAUACCUCUACAACUACAUAAAAGACAUGAAGGUGAGGGUGAGGAUCUCCUCUCAUCACUACCAAUUGUACAGACAAAACAGGAGGGUAAACCACGGAUCGCACAAACGCACAUUUACGGAGAAUGAUAUUUUUCUCGCACUGAAGCAGUCAUCCAGUGGGGCUCUACUCAAUCAGCUGAACCUGCUACAAUAUGUUGGAUACUCCUUUCUCGGGAAAAUGGCACAGAUGACUCGGUGCAAUAUUAGGAAUGACCUGUACAGGCGGGAGACCAGAAUGAACACGAACUUUCUCCUUUUUUACGCGUGCAUGAGGAGCAUCUUCCUGUGCCUGCAGGGACGCAGCACCGUGGAGCAGAUCAGGAACUACUACAAACUAAUUACCUACCGGGAAUGCCGAGUAAAAGCCCUCCUGUAUAUAACUGUUCUCCUCUUCCAGUGCAUACAGAACAGACAAGAAGGGGUGAAGCCAAAACUGCUCAUGUGGACAAUACAUUUCCUAUCGCGUAAACUCAGAUCCAUCAAGGAAGACAAAUCUCUCUUUCUAACAAAUUUAAAAUUCUUGUUAAUGCAAAUUGUAUGGCAUGUGUACGUCCGUCUGUUUGUCUUCAUCCAAAAAUGUAGAAGCAUACAUGUGGACUCAAGAAAUGGAAAAAACGGGUUCAGGCGGGUUCUAAGUCAUUCCUACGGGUUGCGCAUGAGGGGAAGGGAAGAUGCAGAAAAAGCAACGCUGUACCACAUCGGAGAAAAUUCAAAUGGGGAGGGUACCCAGAAGGAAGUACUACAAGUUGGACCUGGUAAUGACUCUCCUGAUGGGAUAAACAAACUGGGCUUAGUUGAGCUACCCGUAUCUACCACCCCGCAGGGAAAGAGUUUGCGUCAACGGGUAAUACCCACCCUGCCAUAUACAAGAGUAACCACAGAACGGAUUAUGGUCAAUCAACUAAUAAGAAAAGUGAAAAGAAUUUCAUCCCUCGGGGUGCACAACAAAGGGGCGUCUAAGCAGAGUGGGGCAUGCAAAAGGGGAAGUUCCAUCUUCAAUUUUGUAGUUAUGGUGGAGAGAUACCUGCUCAAGAAGGAGCGUCGUAGAAGACAGACGGUGGGACGCUCCUCCACCAGGAGUAUACUACCCAUGGGUGACCUGCAGAGCGAAAAUGCUCCCUUCAAAAGGGUUUACUUCAAGACAGGUGACCUCACUAGAGGUGACCUAAAAAGGGUUGACUUCAAGAGCGCCGAAUUCGAGAGGCACUUCCUGGAACUCAUGUGCAGCGAUCCGCAGGAGUACCUCUACAGGAACAUUGCAGACGGGAGGAACAAUCACCUGAACAUGUUCAUAUUUUUUAUAUACAAAAAGCAGCUAUCCAAAGGAAGGUCGCUGCAGAAUUUGUUGCACUACCUCGAAUUGAGCACACUCUUUAAGAACCUGUACAUGGGUCAGCCUAUCUUAUCAUUGGGGAGAAGCGGAAGGACCACACUUCAGGGGAAGUCACUCACCCCCCUCUUCCAAAUGAUGCUCUUUUACUAUGAUAAGUACAGGUGGAACGAGGUGAACAGGUACCUCUUGCCGAACAGCUACGGUGUGGACUUGUUCUCUCUUUAUAACUUUUUGGAUAUGUGUGUGUCGUGCUCGAAUACGGUGGAGAGUGGGAUCGCCCUUCUGCGCUUUGUCAGGGGAAGGAUACGCAGGGGCGGCGUACUAACCGGUAAGACGCAUCACGAAGUGAAUAGGAAGACACGUAAAGAUGAUGCGUCUUACCGGUUAGAGCGCUUGGCCCAUUUCCUGCUCUGCUUCAUCGAUCGGCUGCACGUGCUGAUAAGCAUAAAGAGCAGGCCCUCCUUGGGGGAAAGAAAUAGGGAAAACCAAAAUCCACCAAAGGGGCAAAAAAAAGAAACAGUCCCCUCGAGGAAGGCACCACGGGUCACCAAACCAGUGCUACUAAACAAGUACCUGCUGCUGAAAUGCAACUCCCUAAAGGUGCAAUCCAAGUUGAUCGAAAAAUAUUUUGUGGACCUGUAUAAGAGAAAGUACUUCCUAAAGGAUAUGUUCCUCAGAUUUAACAACUUAAAAAAAAAAAAAAAAAAAAUACAUAAAAACCAACCAGUGCAGCAAAGCUUUUACCAGUUCGCUUCCCAGUCGAAGGAAAACGUCUCUACCUCUCACAUCGUGCAUGAAAAAGGGGAAGUAAACUACAACCUAUUUUUCAUUCUUACAGUAGAUGUAGACAGACUGAUCAAAUUCGCUCUCUUCUUGUGUAACUCCUUUACCAAUGCCAGGAGGAUGUGUUCUCUCUUCUUCAUUCACCACCAGAGGGUGCUCGUCCAAAAUAUUGCCACUCAGUGUUGCAUAAAAAAUGCCAUUCCUUUGGUUCAGUUCUGGUGGGGGAAUGAUUCACCGGGGAGGAUUUUCACGCCAUCGUUUCUGCCUACAGAUACGCCCAAUACAGAUGUUACCCCUCAGAAAAAUAUAUUAGGGUGUAACUAUUUGGGAGAGAAAUCUGCUGAACAACCUGAGGAGAAGCACCUCAUGGGAGAGUUCCUCUUUCUUCUUAAUGAUGUCGUUGGGGCGCUGGAGCAGGUGAAGCGAAGGAUCACUCCCACAGAGGGAAAAAAGAGGAAGAAAAAAACAUGCAAAUUGAAGCAACUCCUUUUGAAUUACAUCCAGCAUGUGAUCGACACACAGGGAGGGGUACCACCAGAUGGGAAAAUAAAACCUCCUGCACGGAGAGGUAACCCCGCCGAGGCUUCCCCUGAGGAGCGCUUUUAUACCUUGAAGAAUCAAUGCACUGAUGACCACCCCAGCGUGGAAGACAAAGAUGAGCUAAUAAAUCUGUUCAUAUGCCUGGAAAAGUGUGACCACUACUUCCCCUUUAUUUUUAACACCCUCUAUGGAUAUGCCUUUUCAACAAAGUAUAGUUUUUUGAAUAGACUCCUGGUGGAAAGGUACAGCUGCAUUAAAAGGAUUUUCUGGAUUUGUCACAGGGAAAGGGGUGCCUCACCGGAGGACAGCGUCUUACAAACGGUUAACGAUGCUACCAGUGUGAACGACGUUAGAAGGGCUGAUCGAGAGGUGGGCGUGUACUGCCUCAAGUACAACGACUUGGAACACCUGGACAGCUUCACGAAGUGCCUCCUCUACGCGUCCAUCUUCGACAACCAACAUAAUAUGGACUGCCUGCAUCUGUACCAGUUGGUGAAGGCACCCAAUGGGGAGAAAAAAGUAGACCUGAACACGAAGAAGCUAAACAAGUUUUACGCACCUCUUUUGAGAAAAGUGCAAAAUGCCACCACCGAGGAAGUAUUCAAUAAUCCAUUUAAAUUAAAAGGGAAAACAUUUAGUGCACCUCGGAGUUGUGUCAAAAAGGAAGAACUUUUGACGUACCUCCUCAGGGAGACAACCCCUCUGGAGAGUCUUCUCGAUGUCGUCGUAAAUUUAUUCAUGGGGGAUGAUCACACACUGAGUAGGAUGACUUUGCAAGAGGUAACCCUGAUCGUGAAUACCACCUAUUGUAGGUGCCAAGAAUUUCGAACGGAAGACCAGGCAUCGUUGGCGCAUACCCUCAGGACCUGUGAUCAGGUCGAUUGCUACACUUUUGGGAGACUGCCAAACAGCCUGCAUGGGGAUGUCACCAAGGUGGGUGUGUACAUGAGGGUGCUCCAAAUGGUUAGUAAAGUGCAGAGGGUAUCCAAUGGGGAGAUUCCCCAAAGUGGGGACCCCCCUAAGUCAGUCCGCCGCUUUACAACGCAACCAGCCCACUGGGUGAGGAUCCUCAAAACGAUUAUGAUCGAACCAAUGGGCGAGAAAGACACGCUGCAAUUCAUCACGCAAAAUAGGCUUUUCAAACAUGCCUCCUUCCUCCUUAACUAUAAGUUGGGUCCAGUCACCAGCGUCUCCAAAAGAGAGACCAUACUUAAACUGGAGAGGAAAUGCAAGGCAGCUUAUAUUUUGCAUCUAUGGUGGAGUAACAACCCGAGGAAGAAAAAAAAAAUUAUUUCCUUUUUGGAGAAGCUGAAUGGAGAAAAGGAAGUGAAAACCUUACUAAGCAGUAUACUCUAUGACCGAGACAACAGUAACCUGCAAGACUUUUUUUCCUUCCUACUUUCCCAUUUUGAGACAACCUUCGUGAGGAAGUUCUACCUGCUGGCACUCGUUUCGCACACGUUGCAGUUGCCAUCAAUCCGCCAGGUCAAUCUUAGGGAACUUAUUUCUUCCCUUCUCUGGAGGGACAAGUUAGACCUAGACAGACUCAUCCUGAGGAAGGACCUGUACAGACCUAAAUUGUAUACUCUCCUUCGUUACGCCUUUUUGUGCAUUCAUAUUGACUGUUCCAAGGGUGCUUCGUCGGAGGGGGAACAUUGGAAAGAGCAUCGAAGGGGGAAAAAACACCACCGAGGAAGGACUCACCAACAGAACGCCCUUCCCUACAGUUUGUCCAAAUGUCUAUCCGUUUUGGAGCUGGCUGCGUUGGUCAGUGGUGAAGACAAUGCUCAGCUCCUGUAUGAGAUAUUUUUGCGCGUGACGCAGGUUCUGUUCGAUCGUGUGUGCAACCGCAUGUGUGACCAAACGUGUGACCGCUUGCCUGGGGAGGACCACCUAGACAGCUGCGUGAAAUUGAAAAAGAAGCUGCACCAUGUGAAUCGCCCCGCCAGCGCGAACGGGAACAAGGAACCGCCGCCACAUGGGAAGCUCAAAAAGAAGUUCAGCCUGUUUGGCCAGUUUUUUCAAAAGAACCUAAAUGCAAACGGGGUUAACGCAAAAGGGAAGAGCGCCAAUAACGCAUACAUCAGGCAUUAUCAUAUGAUCAAAUCGGAGGAACCACCACAACCAAGAUGCAACCAGAACAGUGGGGGAAAACCACAAAUAAGCAUAAACAUCCUCUUGUAUACCUUCUAUAAAGUAUGUUACUUCUUCUAUGCAAACUACAAAGAACUGAGAAGAGGAAGCAACCUUCUGUGUACCUUGCUUCCCAUGCUGAUAUAUGUACAGACGUCCCUGCGGUUCCGAGUGUGCCUCAAAUCGGUCAUUAAGCUGGACUUAAAAGAACUCAUUGAUUUGCUAAGGGUGAAGAACUUCAACAUGUGUAACCAACUGAUCCAUAGAAUCUGUUCUUGCUACAUCUACCAUGUGAAUUCCUUUGGGGUUUUAGGAGAACCCACUUUGUUCUUCCCCUUGGCUAGCUCAAAAAGGAGACUCAGCAAAUACAAAAUGGUGAAAAAUAUCGUAUCGCUGCUAAGGUGUAGCGAGGGAGACAUCCCCAGGGAAGUGGUACCCUUGAAGGUGAACAACUUUUAUGUGUAUAGGUACGCCAACGAAACGUGUGUGUAUAGACAGUUCGUCGAUGCGGCAGGAGUUGUGGUGCGUGAGUUCGGGGCGGACCAGGCAAGAAACCUAUAUCAAAGGGAUUCUGUAAAUCGUAGUACAGUGAAACGAAACGGAGCGAAUGCAGUGAACCAGGAAGACCUGUUGCAGACGGUGCAGCGGCUCCACUUCAGCGUUAUCACGUUUUAUGUGACCCUCUUAUCCAAGUGUAAUAUGGACCUGUACUUGUCUCUGAAUUUAUUUUUCUCCCUCAUGUGCACCUACCACUGGUCAAGCAAUCCUUACAAGAAAUACAAAAAGCUGAUCUCCUACUUUUCCAACGUUAAUGUGCAUAAGGAUAAGGGGGCGAACGUCCUGGGGGGGAUGAAUAAUCACGUGGGGAUAAAUGAAUGGCCUGUUCAUAAACUACUGAAAAGAACUAGCAGCGUCAAGAAACCUGCCCCAAUAUGUUCACCAGGGGGGAUAUACAAAAUGGUCCUCCAAGUGAACUCUGGAGGGGGGAUUCACUCUUGGAAGGACUACACCUAUUUAGGGUACAUCCGGCUGGAAUUCAAAAAUAAAGGGGAUUCACUUUCUAAGGGAGUAGGUCCCUCUCUUAGUUAUCAUCUUGUAGGAAGCGAUGAUGUGGCUUCAUUCCACCAGCGAUUUGUUCCGAAACGGAGUGGCAACCUUCUUCCUUCUUGCAGAAAAAACCGAAUGGACUUCCCUGCACAGAGCAUUUACUCUCCAUCCGCCUCAAUAUACGUUAGAAGACACCUCCUCACCAGCGUCACUUUCGCCUACCUAUACAGCUACCAGAAUGACGUGCAUUUUGGAGGGGACUGCCGAGAGAUUCCAUCCGUAAGAGCCCUCACACAGAAGCAGCUCCUUCGGUACGUCAUUGAGCAUGUAAAUAACCCCUACCUUCUGAUCAGAAAAGGAAUGCAUCCUGUGGAGGCGUAUCCAGUACAUCCACGUGGCUACCCACAGACAACAGGAGAAGGCACCAAAAUAGGAACAACCAAUGCAAGGACAACCAUGAUGAGUAAGGUUAACAAAUGGCCAGUGGACCACCUUAGGAACAAACAAAAGACCUUCACCUUCACAAGUUAUUUGAGACAAAAGAGAGUGGAUCGAAAUAUCAACCUGUUCGCCCACAAAUUGGACCUCUUCCAGGAGUACAUAAAAAGGAUACACAACGAUUCUUUGGGAAGACAUGUGUUGGAUUUCUUCUCAUCCAUUCAGUUGGCUAACAACUAUGAGCGUUUCUUCUAUGACGUGGAUGCUUCUUGUUCAUUCCCUCUGUGUUAUGCACACCCGAGCAGCAACUUAGCUUUGUCUUCUCAGUACUUUAAGAAGAGCUUCCAUGAGGUAUGUUCUAAUAUGUCUCUCCCAAAAUGUGAUGCACAGGUGGAUGGCGGCACCUGUGCGGGAAAGACAAGGAACCUCCUCUUCAUCACAUCCCUGUUGUUGCCUUAUGGUUCGAGGUGCCCGAGGCUGCCAAGCUACAACCUCGCCAAGUGUGACCCCUUCCGCCUGGCCACCCUGAGGAGCUACUUCUCACCGGACACCCUCCUCAGCGUCUGCACCAAAAGCGACCUCACCAAGAACUGCUUCAGGAUCAUUCGGAAAAAGGGAGCGACCAGUGCACAGUUCAGCCGCAUCAUCAAGAGGGCGUGCAGGCACAACUACAUCUACAAAACAUUUCAGAACGUGUCCCGCCUCGAGGACCCUCGCUUCCAGCGCGAAAUAAAGUGCCACUUGAUGCAACGCAGGAUGUACGCCCUACUGUACAACUACCUGGUUUUUUCCGGAGACUACCUCAACGCAGUCAUACUUUGCGUGCAUAACUAUUCCAUUGCGCAAAACACGGACACACAAAAUGGCUACCUGAACAACGCCCUCGUGAACCUCACCCUGAUCAGUGACACGUUUAAGGGCUCCAAGAUGGGACCUACCUCCACACGGAAAAUACCCCACGAACCUUUCAUUAUAUAUAACCGCAGCCGCCUUCGCAAGAGGAGCAGCAAAUUUUAUCGACCCAGCAAUUUUAACAUACUUUUUGGAGAAACGCAAAAAAGGCAGGGUCAUCAGGUCUCCAUCGAUACGAUACACAGAUGCAUGGACCUCAUAACCCUACAACAGACACUCCUGAACGCCCAGCUGGGUUACCCAGUGAAAAUCCUGAACUGCAAAAAAUUGGAAAUCUCCCUGUGCAUACACAUUUUAGUUUACAAGAAAAAGUACAACCUCGCAGAUAACGUUAUAAAUGUGUACCAGUGGAAGUACACCUUCACGUACUGUCUGGCUUGUCUGUUCUGCAUACUGCUAGAAGGGGAUUUUUACUUCCUGGAGGACGUUUUCCACUACGUUAAGAUAAAGCUCAACAAUGAGGACGUGAGCAUGUUCCUCCUCCACGUCGUGCACUUAUUUUUGGAGUACCGCACGAAAUGGAGGCACGUCUACGAGCGUGUGAAGUGCGUACACGGUGGCUAUCCCGGGGGGGAACUGCAUAGGCAAGACCAUCCUGAUGACCACCGUACGGAGCAACGUUCCUUCCUGCACGACGUGCUGCGUCACAUCACCGACAACGAUUGCCUGUUCUACGCACACACCCUCCUCUUCAUUCACGACAAGCAGCAAUACGCAGGCAUCCGCAAAAAUAUGAAACGCCUCUUAUUCAGUAACAUAUGCAAAAACGAUAUUUACAGAACAAUUAUCGGGGCAUACAAGUUUAUCCACCAGGAUCACCGGAUGAACUUUAACUUGAUUCAUGAGAAUAGGGGAUCCUUUAAAAAGUCUUCUCUCCGCAGGAUGAACUUAACAAACUCUGGUGGCAUUCAAGACGACUACAACUUUGAGCAGCUGAUGUCGUUGGCUAAGAAGUACCCAGACAACAUAAAGGAGAAUAUCACGCGGGAAAUUUUAGCCAUUCGUCAUGUAACCGUGCAGCAACGCAGCGACUAG